AUGUCUCCCAUCCGUGUCGGUCUCGUUGGACUCAGCACUGAACCAGCCGGUGUCGGCCAAGGUAAAUGGGGCGUUUCCGCUCACCUGGCCUCCCUCCGUCCCUCCCCUCAUUACGAAAUCGUUGCCAUAUGCAAUUCGUCAGUUGAAUCAGCUCGUCGUUCAAUCGAAUAUCACAAGCUGCCUUCAUCUGUCAAGGCAUACGGCAGCGUCGAAGACCUAGCCAAUGAUCCCCAUGUCGAUCUCAUCGAUGUGGCCAUUGUGGUUUCGAGGCAUUUGCUUGCUGCUAAGCCUGCCCUAUUGGCCAAGAAGCAAGUCUUUGUGGAAUGGCCCUUGGGUACCAGCACCGCACAAGCCGAGGAGAUGCUUCAACUGGCCAAAGAGUCCAAUUUGAAGACCAUAGUCGGGACACAGUUCUGCACAGACCCAUGGCUUGCAAAAGCCAAAGAGUUGAUUGAGAGUGGAGCAAUCGGCAGAGUAACCAGUUCCGACGUCCAGAUUGCGCCUCCCAAUGGAUCGAUCCAGACAUGGACGGCAGAAGCUGAGUUUUACCUGGAUUUUGAGAGUGGUGGGGACGAAUACCACAUCAAUUUUGCCCAUUUCUUAAGUGGCUUUGUCCAUGUGCUCGGUGAUUUUGCCAGUGUCAAAUCAACUUUCGCCGUCCAGCAGCCAAUCGUAAAGCUCAUCAGCAGCAAGACCGGAGAAGUCGUCAAUCCCGAGAAGAAAAGAACCUCACCCGAUCACAUCUUCGUCCAAGGCACGUUGGAAAGUGGCGCUGUUGUGAGUAUCUCCACGCGCACACCUCCACGACCGAUUGAUGGAGGUCUACGCUGGCUCAUUUCCGGCAUUGAAGGAGAGAUAGAGCUCGCAACUAAGGGCAGAGGAUAUCAGACGGGGUCCAAUGCCAGGACUCUGCGUCUUAUUGGAAAAGACGGAGAAGUAAAAACAAUUGACUGGGAGCAAGAUGAGCCCAGCCAUAUCAAGGAUGUUGCUCCGCCUGGAGUGAAUACUGCAAGAUUAUUCGAGGCAUACGCGCUCAAAAAGGACUGCUAUUCCGAUUUUGAAAAGGCCGUCAAGCUGCAUAAACUUUUGGACAGGAUCUCAAAGGAUGCUGGAUACAUGUAA